AUGAGCUUUAUUCAACGCGUCGACUCGGCGGUUCCGCUCGGCUACACCACGCCGCCCUUCCCCUCCCUCUACUGGCCUCUUCCCGCCGGCGCAACACAGUCCUUCUACCUAUAUCGUCCCGAUGACAUAUUCCGCUUCACCGUAUACUGGACACUGCUGCUGGUCGGCGGCAUCCACUUCAUCACUGCGCUAUGGGCGUGCAUAGUGCAAUGGCGCAAUUGGAAGUUGAUAUGGGUAGCCCUGCCCGUCUUCAGCAUCGUCGGAGGUGUUGAAGCACUUGUUGCGGGUGCAAUUGUUGGCGGACUGUAA